AUGAGCAAAAUUCGGAUGGCAAGGAGCAGCAAGCGAGGAAUACAGCAUGGCACUGGCAAACGACAAAAAUCACCAAGGAAACGUGAAGAAAGUGUCAUUCUCUACAAAGGCCUGCCCAGCCAGCAGUUUUCAUUCCAUACAUUCAGCAGUGAAGUUGAAAUUGAAACGUUUCAGAAAAGACUUCUUGCUUGGUACAAUAAAUGCAAACGAGACCUUCCUUGGAGAAAACUGGCCACAACUGAAGCUGAUGCUGACAGACGAGCAUAUGCUGUGUGGGUAUCAGAGAUCAUGCUCCAGCAGACUCAAGUAGCUUCUGUGAUCAACUACUACAAUCGCUGGAUGCUGAAAUGGCCAACCUUACAGAACCUAGCUGGAGCUUCGCUGGAGGAAGUGAAUGAACUGUGGGCAGGGCUUGGCUACUAUUCUCGAGGGAAGCGGCUCCAGGAAGGUGCACGUAAGAUUGUAUCAGAGAUGGCAGGUCAUAUGCCCAGGACAGCAGAGGAGCUGCAGAAACUGCUGCCAGGAGUAGGGAAAUACACUGCAGGAGCUAUUGCAUCCAUAGCAUUUGGGCAGGUGACAGGUGUGGUGGACGGGAAUGUGAUUCGGGUCUUGUGCCGCAUACGAGCUAUUGGGGCUGACCCCACCAAUUCUGCUGUUACUGACAGAUUAUGGGCUUUAUCACACGCGCUGGUGGAUCCAGCCCAUCCAGGUGACUUUAACCAAGCUAUGAUGGAACUGGGGGCAACGGUGUGCACUCCCAGGGCCCCACUGUGCACGGAGUGUCCGGUGAGGCAGCACUGCAGAGCUCACCGCAGGAUGGAGAAGGAGCUGAAAGACUCUACCAAGAGAUUGAUAGGAAGAAGUGCCUCCAAGUGUUCCCAGGUGCUGGAUGUGGAAGAAUGUGCCAGCCCUGCAGGAUGUUGCUCCCUUUGCCUGCCUCCUUCAGAGCUGUGGGAUCCUAGUCUUGGUGUGACUAACUUCCCCAGGAAAACUGCCAAGAAGCAGCCCAGGAUAGAGAACACGGCUACAUGCGUGCUGCAGAGAAGAUGCCAUGAGGACAAGCCAGAGUACCUUAUUGUACAGAGGCCCUGCACAGGUCUGCUGGCAGGGCUCUGGGAGUUUCCUAGCAUUUUGCUUUGCCCAGGGCAGGAGAAGCAGCAUAAAGCAACAAUGGCCAAACACCUUCAAGCAUGGGUGGGCAGUGACGUGGCUGUGGGACGCUUGCAGCACGUUGGAGAGGUUCUUCAUAUCUUCUCCCAUAUUCGCCAAACAUAUACAAUCUACUUUUUGAACCUGGACAAGCAUGAGGGGAAUUGCAAAAUGGAAUCUGCACUGCCACUGUGCAGAUGGGUGACCAAAUCCGAAUUCCAGAAUUCUGCUGUUUCCACUGCCAUGAAGAAGGUCUUGAAAGCCUAUGAAAAAUGGAGGUCUACAAUCAGUGUUUCCAAGGUCACCAAGAGGAAACGGGACUCUCUGUGUGCCAGCGAGCCAGCACUUGAAGCAGACAGAAGCUCUUCCAAGAGGCAACUUUCUCUGGAUUCUUUUCUUGCACCUCAACCCAAGAACUGACAAU